UAUUUCUGAUCAAAUGUCGCUCUUCCGAAAACAUUUCUACAGAAAAGCUCCGGAUCAACUCGUUGAGAUAUCCGAGCGUGUCUAUGCUUUUGACUGUUGUUUCUCAUGCGAUGUUAUGGGAGAGGAUGAUUACAACAUCUACUUGGAUGGCAUCGUAGGGCAGCUACAUGAUCAUUAUCCGGAUGCUUCUUUCAUGGUGUGUAACUUCAGAGCCGGGUACCAACGAAGUCGAAUAUCAACACUACUGUCUCAAUACCGCAUGUCGGUAAUGGACUAUCCUAAUCAACAAGGAAGUGUUCCGCUUCUACCUCUCCAAGUGAUUAGUCAAUUUCUAAUAUCAAGUGAAAGCUGGUUAGGUCAACAAAAUGUUCUGUUGAUGCAUUGCGAGAGAGGUAGUUUGCCUCUUCUUGAUUUUAUGUUAUCAGCACUAUUAUUGUACAUAGACCGGUAUCAUGGCGAUCAGAAGACUCUGGAAUUGGCAUAUAACCAGGGUUCUAUGGAACUUCUUCGUCAUGCCUCUUCUCUAAACCCUCAGCCUUCUCAACUAAGAUAUCUUCAGUACAUUUCCACCAGCUCUGAAUGGCCUUCUUUAGAGGCGCCUCUUCUUUUGGAUUGCUUGAUUCUCAGAGGUCUCUCAUAUUUUGAAUGGAGAAGAGAUUGGAGACAAAGUUUAAGGGUUUUUGGUCAGGACCCUAAAGCCAGAGCUUGCAGGAGUUCCAUACUUCUGUUUUCCACACCAAAGACAGAUCAUAUGUACCAACAAGAAGAGUGUAUCUUGGUGAUGUUAGAUAUCCAGUGCCGUGUUCAAGGGGAUAUUGUUCUGGAAUUUGUAAACUUGAGUGAUAAUUUGGUAUGUGAAGAGAUGAUCUUUAGGAUCAUGUUCCACACAGCAUUUGUACGUGGUAAUGUUUUAAAGAUCCGACGCACGAUGAUGGAUAUACUUUGGGAUACCAAGGACGAGUUCCCAAAGGAACUGGAAGCAGAGUUACGCUUCUCUGACGCCGUGGUCCCUGCUAUGUCAACAGCUCCUCCAUUAUGUCCUUUGAUGCCUCUAGGAGUUCCACCGCCUCCACCACCACCUCCAUUUAGAUAUGGUGGACCUCCGACUUCAACCCUACCACCAAUGGGUACUCCAUCUCCUGCGAUGCAUGGAGUAGCCCCACCUCCGCCACCACCACCACCUCCAUUUAGGUAUGGUGGACUUUCGCCUCCACUCCGGCCACCAAUGGGUGCUCCACCUCGUCCCAUGUGUGGAGGAGUCCCACCGCCACCACCACCUCCUCCAUUAAGAUCUAACCGACGAGGAGUCCCACCAGCUCCACCACCACCACCUCCAUUUAUAUAUGGUAAACCUCAGACUCCCACCCCGCCACCAACGGGUACUCCAUCUCCUCCGAUGCGUGGAGGAUCCCCGCGGCCACCUCCAUUUAGAUAUGGUGGACAUCCGCCUCCACUCUGGCAACCAAUGGGUACUCCAUCUUCUUCGAUCCGUAGAGGAGCCCCACCACCACCACCACUUCCCCCUAUGCGUGGAGGAAGAGGGCGUCCAGGUUUGGGGUCUUCAUCUAAAAGAAGGUCUUCUGUGAGGCCUAUUCCUUUGCCAUGGGCCUUUAAUAAAACCUUACGGGAGGAGUUCCAGAGAUAUGGAGGACAAACGUAUUUAACCAUCUCCCUCUUUGCAUACCUUUAUUUUAUCCACAGUAAAAGAAAAAAAACAAAUUCUGAGUUAUUUGGAAUUAGUUUGCAACUAAUUUUUGUUUUUUUCUGAUAGUGCACCAGAUAAUGUAUCAGAAAUAGAGGCCUUUUUCAGAGGAGUUGGAGAAGAUGGAGGCAGUUAAGGAAACGAGAAUGAAAAAAGGCGAAAGGAGCGGUCUCACUCUAAACAAAGCAGUUGAUAGCUAACCCAUAACGGCAUAACCUUUGGUGUUAUUUAAACAGAGUGAUAUGUGUGUUAUUUAGACAGAGUGAUGUAAAUAUUUCAUGUUUGCUGUUGAUAAUGUCAAUUUAAACAAGUGAGGUAAAUCUUUAUCUUGCAUCAGUUACACCCCAAAAAAAAAUUUGGGAGACGAAAUCUUUUUUUUUUGUAAUCAUUUAUUUCUUGAUAAAAGAAAUUGUUUUUUUUUAAUAAUGAAAAAAAAAUAAACAAAUGUUCUUAACGUGCGUUAGACUUCGACCUUUGAGUUAUGUACAGAGUCUUUAACAAGUCAAAACUGCGCUUUGGGUUUCUCUCUCUCUUGUAACUUCUGAAACCUGGCAUCAGUUUGGUCUGAAUUAGAGUUCGUUGAUCUAUAGUAAACAGAGCAAGCAAGAACAAUCUGCCUGUUGCUUGUCUAGUAAGCUACCUGUUUUGUUUAGGGUUUACUAAUGUCUCUGUUCCGACGGUUCUUCUACAAAAACCCUCCGGAUCAUCUUGUCGAGAUCUCAGAGCGUGUCUACGGUACUCACUACUCUCUACUACCUUUAUAAAUAAUCUCUUAGUCAUACAUAACUGAUCCAAGUCUGACUUGAUCGUCUCAUAUUCUUCUCUGAUGCCUCUGUCAUGGUGGUCAACUUUAGAGAAGGAGACCAGCGGAGUCAAAUAUCAGAUGUCUUGUCUCAACACGACAUGACGGUUAUGGAUUAUCCUAAUCACUGCCAGAAUUGUCCGGUUUUAACACUAGAGAGGAUCCAUCACUUUUUAAAAUCAAGCGAGAGCUGGUUAUCAUUGGAAGGUCAACAAAAUGUUCUGUUGAUGCAUUGCCAAAAAGGUGGUUGGCCUGUUCUUGCUUUUAUGUUAUCAGGACUAUUAUUGUACAGAAAGCAGUAUCAGGGUGAGCAGAAGACUCUCGAGAUGGUGCACAAACAGGCUCCCAAGGAGCUUCUUCAGAUAUUGUCUCCUUUAAACCCUCAGCCUUCUCAACUCAGAUAUCUUCAGUACAUUUCAAGAGUUGAUUGGCCUCCUUCAGACACGCCUCUUCUUUUGGAUUGCUUGAUUCUCAGUGAUCUCCCACAUUUUGAAGGAAGUUAAGGGUGCAGACCAAUCUUACGGGUUUAUGGUCAGGACCCUGAUGCUGGACCCAACAGGAGCUCCAUGCUUCUCUUUUCCACACCAAAGACAAAUACACACACUCGCCUCUACCAACAGGAAGAGUGUACCCUGGUGAAAUUAGAUAUCCAGUGCCGUGUUCAAGGGGAUGUUGUUCUGGAGUGUAUACACUUGCAUGAUGAUUUGGUGCGUGAGGAGAUGGUCUUUAGAAUCAUGUUCCACACAGCAUUUGUACAUGGUAAUGCUUUAAUUGUCCAACGCGAUGAGAUGGAUAUACUUUGGGAUGCAGAGGACCAAUUCCCAAAGGAAUUUAAAGCAGAGGUGUAAGAUCAUUGUGAAAACUUUCUCUGAUCAUCCAUUUUAUGAGGCUGUUAAGCUUGAAGUCAUACUCAUUAUAUAUGUAUCAGGUACUCUUCUCUGGGUCUGACCUUGUGGUGCCUACUAUAGCAACAUCCUCAAUGUCAGACGAUAAGGAUAGUUUCGUGGUUCCUGAUGAUUCUGAGGCUACAUCAGUUUUACACUCUUCACAAGCAGCUGAAUCGCCUCCUCCGCUUGCGUACUAUUCACUAGGCCAUCUUCAAACAUCUCAGAUCUCAUCACCACCAUUUUCAUAUGUGAUGGGAAACAGUAGAACCAUGUUGCCUCCACCGUCACUGCCACCACCUCCUCCCCCUCUUUAUUUUAGUUCAUUAAAUACAACAAAAGCAAAGCGUAGUGCAUCACGCAAAGCCCAUCCACCUCAUCAGAUGCAUGGCCCACCAUCACCACCACCACCUCCCCCAACGCGUGGACUAGCACCAAUACCUCCUGUUUGUGAACCGUUUGUGGGGCCGCCACCCCCACCACCUUCAAUAUUGGGUGGUACAGGAGCUGCAGUUGAUCCCAAGGGUUCAGGCCUUCUACGUCCAAUGUAUGGAGCACCAACACCACCACCUCCUCCACCGAUGCGUGGACGGUAAGUCACCUCUUUGGAAGUCGAUCACCAAAAGAAAGUAGUAGAAUCAGAGGUUUUCUGGCUGCGUUGGACUUGACGUAUAUAGACUUGCGUUAGUCUUAUAUCUACAAACAUUUCUUGUGAUCAUCUUCUUCUGUAACAAGAGAAUACUCUCUCUAGUUGCUCUUGAGUUUGAUUAGUCUCUUUUUUUCACAACUUUGUGAUUUCAUGUGUGGUUUAUUACACAGUCUUUUCUUUCCUUA